CUGCUCGGCUGACAGGCUGGGAAGCCCCGCUCGCCAGGGACCAGAAGGCAGAAGGUGGGGACGUCCUGAGGGCCUGGGGGCAGGCGGACCGCACUCGUGGUCUGGGGCUCACCUGUCUUCUCCCUGCACCGCCGCGGCAGGAGCACCAUGCCUGGGCCCCCCAGCUUCCAGCCCAACCCUGGCUGCACCCACAUCGGGGUUCCUUGGCCGCAGCGAGUAGCAGCCUGGGCUCCCCUGCGAAAGGCGGCGGCCGUCCUCUGGCUGCUGCUCCUUGGCACCUCCCUGUCCCCCACGCGGGGCCAGCCCAGGAUUCCUCUGGAAAUAGUGAAGCUGUGGGCAGAUACCUUCGGCGGGGACCUACAUGACACUGUGACCAAAUACUCGGGCUCCCUCUUGCUGCAGAAGAAAUACAAAGACGUGGAGCCCAGUCUGAAGAUCAAGGAGGUGGAUGGCUUGGAGCUGGUGAGGAAGUUCUCGGAGGACAUGGAGAGCAUGCUGCGGAGGAAAGUUGAGGCCGUUCAGAGCCUGGUGGCGGCCGCUGAGGAGGCAGACCUGAACCACGAGUACAACGCGUCCCUGGUGUUUGACUACUACAAUUCCGUCCUCAUCAACGAGCGGGACGAGAAGGGCCACUCCGUGGAGCUGGGCGCCGAGCUCGUGCUGGAGGCCAACGCACACUUCAGCAACCUGCGGGUGAACACGUCCAUCAGCAGCGUGCAGCUGCCCACCAACGUGUACAGCAAGGACCCAGAUAUUUUGAAUGGAGUCUACAUGUCUGAAGCUUUGAACCCUGUUUUUGUGGAGAACUUCCAGAGAGACCCAACACUCACCUGGCAAUAUUUCGGCAGCUCCACUGGAUUCUUCAGGAUCUAUCCAGGUAUAAAAUGGACACCUGAUGAGAAUGGAGUCAUUACCUUCGACUGCCGAAACCGCGGCUGGUACAUCCAAGCUGCUACUUCUCCCAAGGACAUAGUGAUUUUGGUGGAUGUGAGUGGCAGUAUGAAGGGGUUGAGGAUGACCAUUGCCAAGCACACAGUCUCCACCAUCCUGGACACCCUAGGAGAGAAUGACUUUGUUAAUAUCAUCGCGUACAAUGACUACGUCCAUUACAUCGAGCCUUGUUUCAAAGGGACCCUCGUCCAGGCGGAUCGAGACAACCGAGAGCAUUUCAAGCAGCUGGUGGAUGAGCUGAUGGUCAAAGGAGUGGGGGUUGUGAACCCAGCCCUGAGCGAAGCCUUCCAGAUCCUGCAGCAGCUCCAAGAGGCCAGGCAAGGCAGUCUCUGCAACCAGGCCAUCAUGCUGAUCUCCGACGGGGCUGUGGAGGACUACGAGUCAGUGUUCGAGAAGUACAACUGGCCAGAUCGCAAGGUCCGAGUGUUCACGUACCUCAUUGGGAGAGAAGUGACGUUUGCCGACCGCAUGAAGUGGAUCGCAUGCAACAACAAAGGCUACUACACACAGAUCUCCACACUGGCAGACGCCCAGGAGAAUGUGAUGGAGUACCUGCACGUGCUCAGCCGGCCCAUGGUCAUCAACCAUGACCAUGACAUCACCUGGACAGAGGCCUACAUGGACAGUAAGCUCUUCACCUCACAGGCCAAGAGCCUGAUGCUCCUCACCACCGUGGCCAUGCCGGUCUUCAGCAAAAAGAACGAAACCCGAUCCCAUGGCAUUCUCCUGGGCGUGGUGGGCUCCGAUGUGGCCCUGAGAGAGCUGAUGAAGCUGGCGCCUCAGUACAAGCUCGGAGCGCACGGCUAUGCCUUUCUGAACACCAACAACGGCUACAUCCUCUCACACCCUGAGCUCCGGCCCCUGUACAGAGAGGGGAAGAAACUGAAACCCAAGCCUAACUACAAUAGUGUGGAUCUUUCCGAAGUGGAGUGGGAAGACCAAGCUGAGACUCUGAGAACAGCCAUGAUCAACCGGGAAACAGGCUCUCUCUCCAUGGACGUGAAGGCUCCGCUGGACAAAGGGAAGCGAGUUCUUUUCCUGACCAAUGACUACUUCUUCACAGACAUCAGUGACACACCAUUCAGCUUGGGAGUGGUGCUGUCCCGGGGCCACGGGGAGUACAUGCUCCUGGGGGACACGUCUGUGGAAGAAGGUCUGCACGACCUGCUCCACCCGGACCUGAGUCUGGCCGGCGACUGGAUCUACUGCACCACGGACAUCGACCCGGACCACCGGAAGCUCAGCCAGCUGGAGGCCAUGGUCCGUUUCCUCACCAGGGAGGACCCAGACCUGGAGUGUGACGAGGAGCUGGUGCGAGAGGUGCUGUUCGAUGCGGUGGUGACAGCCCCCAUGGAAGCCUACUGGACUGCGCUGGCCCUCAACGUCUCCAAUGAGACCGAGUGUGCGGUGGACAUGGCCUUCCUGGGCACCCGGGCUGGCCUCCUGAGAAGCAGCUUGUUUGUGGGCUCCGAGAAGCUCUCCGACAGGAAGUUCCUGACGCCUGCAGACGAGGCCAGUGUGUUCACGCUGGACCGUUUCCCGCUGUGGUACCGCCAGGCCUGUGAGCAGCCGGCCGGCAGCUUUGUCUUCAACCUCCGCUUUGCAGAGGGCCCAGAAAGUCCGGAUGAGCCGGUGGUGGUGACGGCGAGCACAGCUGUCGCGGUGACAGUGGACAAGAAGACAGCCAUUGCCGCAGCGGUGGGCGUCCAGAUGAAGCUGGAAUUCCUGCGGCGCAAGUUCUGGGCAGCCACACGGCAGUGUGGCACAGUGGACGGGCAGUGCCCCCAAACCUGUGAGGACAGGGACCUGGACUGCUUCGUCGUCGACAACAACGGGUUCAUCCUGGUCUCCGAGAGGGCCCACGAGACAGGAAGAUUUCUGGGGGAGGUGGAUGGUGCUGUCAUGACCCAGCUGGUUGGCAUGGGGGUGUUCACCCAAGUGACCAUGUAUGACUACCAGGCCAUGUGUAAACCCCCAGGUCACCACCACAGUGCGGCUCAGCCCCUCAUCAGCCCCAUCUCUGCCUUCCUGACCGCGACCAGGUGGCUGCUGCAGGAGCUCCUGCUGCUGCUGCUGGAGUGGAGUGCCUGGGGUCCCCGGCACGGCAGAGGGGCAGAGGCCAAGGCUGUCUUCCAUCACUCACACAAGCACAAGAAACAGGACAUGCUGCAGCCCUGCGACACCGAGUACCCCGUGUUCGUACACCAGCGGGCCAUCCAGGAGACCAACGGGAGGAUCGAGUGCGGGGCCUGCCAAAAGACGUUCGCGCUGCAGCAGAUUCCCAGCAGUAACCUCCUCCUCCUGGUGACCGACCCCACCUGCGACUGCAGCAUCUUCCCGCCAGUCCUGCAGGAGCCCACCGAAGUCAAGUAUAACGCCUCGGUCAAGUGCGACCGGAUGCGCUCCCAGAAGCUGCGCCGGCGGCCGGACUCCUGCCACGCCUUCCACGCAGAGGAGAAUGCCCAGGACUGCGGCGGCGCGUCCGGCACCUCAGCCUCGCUGCCCCUGCUCCUGCUGCCUCUGUGCACCUGGGGGCUGCCGCCCCAGCUUCUGCGGUGACACUCACCAGUCUGACCUCCGUUUUGGCAAGGUGAUCUUUCAAGAGACAUUCUAAAAAGUCAGCACUGUCAUGGGGUCCAGCUCACUACAUUUGGGUUCUCACACAGGCCAGUGCACCUCUGAAUCCUGGGCUAAUGGUCCCUGUCUCUGCAGAUUGCUGGAUGGAACAAGAAACCAGCAUCCCAGAGACACUCCCAAAGAUGCUCCGGGGUGCCUGGUGCCAUCCACUCCCAUCUCUAUGGGCAUCCUCUAUCCUUCCUGUCUCUUCUUCAGAGGCCAGCAUGAGCUCCGCUUGGACCAAGACAAAAGAAUGAAAAAGAACUUAGUUCUACCUGUGUUCUAGACAUGUAGCCCCAGGCAAGAAAGGGUCAUUCCCUUUCUUGCCUGAUGAACCAGAGUGAUCUUCAGGAGAACCCAAGGGCUCUGGAUGCCGAGGAGGAGGAGCAGGAUGGGGCUAAGGCAAGAACAGCCCUGCCUAAGACAUGUCGAUGGAGCCUUCCAGAGUGAGACCUACCCUAGCGAAGGUGGCUCUCUUUCCUAGCUGCUGCCCGGAAAAGACUUGAGUGUGUGGAGGGGGAGGGGGUAAGGGAAUAAAUAGUGUGAGUGUG